AUGACUGCGCCGACGGGGGCCCCCGGGGCCCCCCAGGGGCCCCCUGCGCCGCAUGAGGGGCCCCCCUCGGCUGAUCCUGCUGCUGCUGCUGCUGUUCCUGCUGCUUCCCCUGCUGCAGCUGCGGCUUCUGGAGACGCGGCCGGCGGUGCUACUCCUGUUGCUGCAGCACCCGCUGCUGCAGCACCCGCUGCUGCGGCUCCUGCUGCUGCGGCUCCUGCGGCUGCGGCUCCUGCUGCUGCGGCUCCCGUCGCUGCUGCUGCUCCUGCUGCUCAUGUUGGAGCUGCUGCAGAUCGGCCCCCCGAGGCUUUUCCUGCUGCUGCGGCGGGGGCCCCUCUAGGGGGGCCCCCUGCUGCCCUUUGUCCGCUGCCUGCAGCAGCAGCAGCACCGGCAGCAGCACCAGCAGCAACAGCAGCAGCAGGCUCUUUGGGGGCCGCCUGGGGAUCUGGGGGGCCCCCAUACUCAGAGGCUCUGGGGGCCCCAGGACCCUCUAACUCUGUCUAUACCCCUGUGGGGCCCCCCGCGGGGCCCCCACACUUCUCACACCCUCUGGGGACCCCCCUAGGGGCCCCAAUGGGGGCCCCCAUGGGGGCCCCUAUGGGUGGGGCCCCCCUAGGGGCCCCCAUGGGGGCCCCUUAUAUGGUUUCUUCUUAUGUGCCCUAUGGGUACAGCUGGGGGGCCCCCGGGGGGCCCCCAGGGGCCCCCUAUUGGCAGCACUAUGCAGCAGCAGCAGUGCCGUUCCCAGCAGCAUAUGCUGGCCCGGUGGCGCCCUUCCCGCUGCAGCAGCAGCAGCUGCAGCAGCAGCAGCAGCAGCAGCAGCAGCAACGGCAGCAGCAGUCGCUGCAGCAGCUGACUGUCCAUGGGGACUUCACGCCCACAGCAGCAACAGGAGCAGCUUCAGCAGCAGCAGCAGCUGCUGCUGCUGCUAGGGAAGAGAAGCUGGCCAACGCCGUCCGCUUCCUCUCGCACCCCGCCAUUUCCGGCGCGGCUACUGGAGUCAAGCGAGACUUUUUGCAGCGCAAAGGACUCACAGAAAAAGAAAUAGACGAGGCCUUCUCCAGCGUGCAGCAGCAGCAGCAACAGCAGCAGCAGCAGCAGCAGCAGCAGCCAGAGGUGCAGCCAGGGAGCUCUGUACCUUGGCACGUUCCUGCUGCUGCUGCUGCUGCUGCUUUGACCCGCGCGGGGACCCUCGCGGUGUCUCCUGAGCAGCACCGCAGCAGCGCCUCUGGCGUUAUUAGUGAGAGAAGCCCCAACACGGUGUGGCAAAUGCUGCGGCGGCUGCUGCUUGCUGCUGCAAGGCUGCUGCUGCCUUCAGCGGUCUUCCUUGCUGCAGUAGCUGCUGCUGUGCUUCUCUGGGAUCACUUCCGGUGCCGCAGAAGAAACCGCAGCAGCAGCAACAGAGAAGCCGCUGCUGCUGCUGCAGAAGAAGGCACUCUGAAGGCCGCCGCUUCUGCAGAGCAGCAAGGACAGUUGCUGCAGCAGCAGCAAGACCUCACGUUGCAGCUGCAGCAGCAGACAGAGGCCAUCCGCUCCCUCUCAGACACGCUGAACUCCCUGCUGCUGCGGCAGCAGCAGCAGCAGCAAGAGCCUCUGCAGCAGCUCAUGCUUCGCGAUAGGUUGGCUGUGGUGCAACCGCGGCUGAUAGAGGCCCCUGUUGACGCCCCACAGCAGCAGCAGCAGCAGCAGCAGCAGCAGCAAACUGCUGCUGCUGCUUUGCCUGUUGAGGAGCCUGCCGUGGCAGCCGCAGCAGCAGCAGCAGCAGCAAAAUCGGCACCAGACGCAGCAGCACCAGACUCUGCAGCAGCAGCAGCAGCAGGCGAGCUGCAUGAUGCAGAUGCAGCGCAUGCGUCUUCGGCAGCAGCAACAGCUGCCGCAUUGCAAGCAGCAGCAGACUCAGCAGCAGCAGCAGCAGCAGCAGAGAAAGCUGAGCUGCAGCAAGCUGUUGCUGAAUUUGCUGCUGCUUGCACUGAACGUUUGGGCGCUGGUGCCCGGAAGCCGCUGGGAACUUUGUUACUGAUGCUGAGAAAUCUGCGCUCAGCAACAACGACGGAGGACCGCGUGCGGUACGGCCGCGUAAACCCCACAGCCCCUCGCUUUAAGGGUGAGACACGAUCCCAACACGAUCCCACACGAUCCCACGCGAUCCCACACGAUCCCAACACGAUCCCACACGAUCCUACGCGACCCCAACACGAUCCCACACGAUCCCAACACGAUCCCAACACGAUCCCAGAGGAAAAAAGAUUCGCCGACGUCAAGGCCGAGGCUUUUCUUCUGCUGUCUCGCCUCGGAUUCCGCGAGGACCCUGGACUCCUCUACACAUUCCAGGGGAACCUUGCCAAGGUGGUUGAGUGCUGCAAGCUGCUGGAGGCAGCAUUUGCUGCUGCUGCUGCCGCUGCACCUCCUGCUGCACCUGCUGCCGCGGCUCCUGCUGCUGCUGCAGCUGCUUCAGAAAACAAAGAUGCUCAGGGGGGCCCCCAAGGGGGCCCCCAAGAGACUCCCCUUGCUGCCAGCGGUGCUGCUGCCAGCAGCAGCACAUGGCCGUCGCAGCUGCAGGAGCAGCAAAACCCUGCAGCAGCAGCAGCAACAGCAACAGAAACAGCUGCUGCUAGUAAAGCUGCAGAAUCUAUAGCUCAACAAACCUCGCCUAAAACACUUGCUGAUCCCUCAGCUGAACAGAAGCUGAAGAAGCAAGAGCAGCAACAGCAGCAAUUGCAGCAGCAGCACCAGCAGCACCAAGGACAGCAGCAGCAGCAGCAAGGGAAUGAAGCUAGCAGCGCCACAAAGGCUGCGGCCUUAACUGAGGACGAGAUGAUCGAAGCAGCAGCAGCAGCAACAAAGGCAGCAGCAGCAGCAGCUGCUGCUGCUGCUGCUGCUGAGCCCGUUGCUGUCCCGCUAUUCGCAACACCCAGUGACCCGGCUUCUGAUGGGGACUCCACACACACUGCAGCAGCAGCAGCAGCAGCUGCUGCUGCUGCUACUGCUGAAGAAGAAGAACCUCAUGAGACCCAAGAUGCUGCCGAUCGCAGCAGCGACGCCGAUGAAGGGAACGGAGGCAGCAGCAGCGCUGCAGCACCAAGCAGCAGCAGCAGCAACAGCCGCAGCAGCUCCUGCGGAAGCAGCAGCAUUGCAAACGGUCGCAGCAGCAGUAAGGGCGACUGCAGCAGCAGCAACAGCAGCAACAGCAGCACCAACUAUGGAGGUGUAAGAAGAAGCUCCUGCUGCGAUGUCCAAAGAAAGGAGGCCCCCUGGAUCCCCGUGGCUCCUAGGCGCAGCAGCUUCAUUCCCGGUGCUGCUGCUGCUGCUAGCAGCAGCAGCAGCAGCAGCAGCAGCCCACUGGUCGCCCUGCGACCUCCGUCGCCUGCCGCAUACCUGCAGCAGCAGCAGCAGCAGCAGCAGCAGCAGGCGCGAACAUCACCAGCAGAGGUGCCCGAGUCGCAUUGUCUGUACAGCUGCAGCAGCAGCAGCAGCAGCAGCAGCCUCCAGCAGCACAGGGGGGCCCCCUCUGUGCCCCCCGAAAUAUCCCAGGGGCCCUUUAGGGCCUCCUGGGGCCCCUCAAGGGCCCUGCAAGUCGUGCUGCUGCCGCUGCUGCUGCUGAAGUUUGUUUCUGGCUGCAGCAGCAACUGCUGCUGCAGGACGCAGCAGCAGCUGCAGGAGUCUCCUGGGAACGACUCUUCGCAGCAGCAGGCAGCUCCGCCCCCGCUGUGGCAGCAGCUGCAGCAGCAGCUGCAGCAGCAGCUGCAGCAGCAGCUGAAGCAACAGCUGAAGCAGCAGCUGAAGCAGCAGCUGCAGCAGCAGCUGAAGCAACAGCUGAAGCAGCAGCUGCAGCAGCAGCUGCAGCAGCAGCUGAAGCAACAACUGAAGCAGCAGCUGCAGCAGCAGCUGGAGCAGCAGCUGAAGCAACAGCUACAGCAGCAGCUGCAGCAGCAACUGCAGCAGCAGCUGCAGCAGCAUCAACUUUUUAUCUUUAUUGGAAUUUAA